AUGCUAAUAGUAAAAUAUUAAUGUGGAUUAAGAGAAAAAGAAUUCGAAACAACACUUUCAACUGGAAAAAACAAAUUAAAAGAUUUAAAAAGGGCAAUUAGUGAAGAUAUCAGAGUAAAGCCUCAUUUACUUACCAUUAUUCAAAAUGAAAAGGUCUUAGAAGAUGAAAAUGAAAUAGUUAAUACUUUGGAAUUCUAUUAAGUUAAUGUAAUAUCAGAACUCAAAUUAUUUAAUUUUUUAAUUGCUUCUGAAGGAGGUAAAUACUUUGAGUGCAACUUGGAAGAGAAUGAUUUGUUAUAAGAUUUACUUGAUUAGGUUGAUGGAUUUCUAAAAUAAAUUUUUAAAGAACAAUAUGACACAUAUGAAUUAUUUUAAAUUAAACCAGACUAGCAAAUGACUCAAAUUUAAUAUGAAUAAAAUAGAAACUCUAUUAUUGGAGACAUCUUCUAAGACACUAAUGUUUAAAUUUAAUUUAGAUUAGUUCAUGAAAUUUUGACAUUAGGAUUACUUGAUAGUAGUGAUAAUCGUAAAGAUAUUGAAAUUAACAGAAAUAAAACUUUAUUAGAUUUAAAAGAGCUUAUACGACCCAACUUAGUAAAUUUCAAAAUAAUUAUUAAUGGCAAGUUCCCUGCUUAAGAUUUUGAUGAAAGAUUAAUUAAGGAUGUUUUCUAACAUAAGGAUACAAUAUUCAUUAUUCAAGUUCAUGAAUAAGAAAAAUGA